UUAAUUAGCACAAAAAUGAAGUAGCGAAAUCGUUUCCAAGCUUUAAAGCUUCCCUAGACUAUUUAAGUGCAAGCUUAGCUUGCGAGCGGCUUAAUUGUAUACUGUGAACGUUCAAAUCGAAGUAAAAUUUUGUAGCGGAAAGAACUGAAUAGUCGAGCGGCCCAGCAAUAAAACACUUUGCGGCACGAUGCGAUCGCUCUCAUUUUUUGCUGUAAUCUGCUUUCUUGUAGUAAUUAAUUAUACUUAUGCAGCACCUAUCGAAUUAUUUCCCGGUUUCUUAAGAAAUAUCAAUAUAAACACACCUGAUAAAACCGAUGAUAUUGUCAAACGACGUGUUUACGAAGAAAAUCCCGAUGCUGAAUUAAAGCAAAUUUCUUUACAAUCUCUCAUUGGUGAUUUGGAAGAUAGUUUAUUCCAAUCUGCUUUAAGUGUCAGCAGUUUUGCGGGUAGUGAUGAUGCCGCAGUCGAAGAGGUAACACCAAAAAGUGACGAGCACACCGUCAACAAACGCAGUACAGACGAUAAACCAGUAGAUGCUGAUAAGCCAACUACUCCAAUUCCACAAGAUAUCGCUGUUGCUAAAUCUCUAGCAUCAGACGAGAUCAUACCAAUUUUACAACAUACACAAAAAGUACCAGAGAAAGAGGGUGUACCAGCACAUAUAAUAAUUGAUCGUAUAUCAAUACAGCCACAUCAUGGCAGCUUGCCACUUAUACCAGCUUUUCAAGUGCAACACACAAAAGUGAAGGCAGCCGCUAUCACUGAAGAUGGUUCGAAAGUUGAGAAUGUGAAAGUAACGAAAAUUAGUUUCAGUGAUGCCAGCGCUUUAACAUCCACAACGGAGAAGAGCGUCGAAAUUAGUCAGAAUGCUGAAACCACAAGCAAACCUGCAGUUACGUCAGAUACAACCCCGAAAGUAAUAGUUACUUCUACUGGUGGUAUAACUGGUACUGUGACCACUCAACACGUGGAAUCUACUGUUUUAUUAGCUGUCAGCACAACGCCAACCCCAACGCCAGCAAUUAAUGGUGAUGAAAAAAUCGCAAGUUCUCCAGCAAGCGAUAUAAAUACAUCCACUUCAGUGGUGACGGCCAUCUCUAGUUCAGCUCCAACUCAGGCGCCAAUCAAGGAGCUUAAAGAAGCUGAAAAGGAACUAAAGGAAAAGGUUGCAGAAAUUGAAGCUGAGCCAGUCAUACUUUCAUCAAGAGUUUAAGUGUUGCCUUCGAUUUUUUAUAUUGUGUUUUUUUUAUAUUUAUUCAUCAAUUUUAUUUUAAGGCGCUAAUUUUAUUAUACUCAAUGCUGUCACUUUUGUAUGUUUGUACUUGUGAAAAGAUAUGUGAAUAUCGAAAUCAUGUGAUGCGAUCAAACUUAUUAUAUUAUUAAAAAAAACUCGCUAACAAAUUGAAAAAAUAAAUCUCAC